AUGACCAUCUCAGAAGAAGUUCUAAAAGAGGAAGCAAAAAUACAAGUAGGGAAAGGGGAAAUGAUUCAAAGGAGCAAAGGCAAGGAGAAGAUGACAACUAGUCUAGGUUUCCAUAUCUUGAUAGAAGUGGAUGAAGAGCUGCAACCUAUAGAAGGGAAGAAGGAUACUCAACAUCAACUAAACUUGACUUCAGAACAUGCUGAGGCUAAGGUGGAUGCUCCGUAUGAUCCAGCUGUGUAUGGAUCUAACCAAGGUGGGGAGAGGGAAGAGUUAUGGGAAACCUUAAUUGGUUUAUCUGGGACAGUUGAUGGAAGCUGGGUAGUGAUUGGGGAUUUUAACAAUGUGAUGCAAAGGGAGGAAAGGUUGGGAGGACAUGGUGUAAGCCUGACUGAGAUUCAAGGGAUGCGAAGAUGCAUAGAGGAAUGUGAGAUGCAAGAUAUAAAGCAGAUUGUUGAGAAGGGGUGGAAACAGGAAGAUGGAAGAGUUAAAAUGUAUCAGGUGGUGUGGAAACUCAAGAGACUCAAGGCUGAUUUGAAACAACUGAAUCGCACAAAAUUUGCUGAUAUCCAAAUCAAAGCAGAUCAACUCAGGGAGCAAUUGCAACAACUGCCAGAGGAAUUGAGUCAUAGGCCUCAAGAUGAAGUACUACAAGCAAAGGAGAAAGAGAUGUAUUAG